AUGAAUGCACCUGGAAAUAAUCAAAUGAUUGCCCCAAAAAUUCAAAAGCAAUUGGUGAAUGCUUGUGCAGUUGAGACCACAAAUGCUAUUCUAGCUGAUCUUGGAGAUAGGUGGUUCACUUUACUACUUGAUGAGGCUCGAGACUGUUCAAUGAAAGAGCAAAUGAUAGUUGUUAUUAGAUAUGUGAACAAACAUGGAGAGGUGAUUGAACGAUUUAUGGUUGUAGUUCAUGUUGCAACAACUACAACUGCUUGUUUGAAGGAGGCAAUCGACUCUUUAUUUGCUAAGUAUGGUUUGUCAGUGGCGAGAUUGAGGGGUCAAGGAUAUGAUGAUGCUUCAAAUAUGUCUGGAGAAUUUAAUGGCUUAAAGUCACUGAUAAUGAAAGAAAAUCCGUAUGCAUUGUAUGUUCAUUGUUUUGCUCAUCAACUCCAGCUAGUGGUUGUAGCUGUUGCUCAAGCAAAUCAAUAUGUUUGUGAUUUCAUGUGGAUUGUUGGUUCAAUUGUAAACACAUCUGCAUUAUCUUGCAAAAGGGCCGACAAACUUCGACAACUUGAACAUGACAAAAAAGUUAAACUUCUUGAAAGAGGAGAGAUUAGUUCUGGUAGAGGACUAAACCAAGAAACUAGUCUAGCUAGACCUGGAGAUACACGAUGGGGGUCUCAUCAUUCAACUUUAUGUCGUAUUGAACAAAUGUGGCCAUCUGUUAUAGAGGUUCUUCAAAAUUUGAUUGAUGAUGGUGAUCGUUCUUCUAAGGGUUUAAGUAGAACUUUGGUUGAAAGAAUGGAGAGGAACUCGUUCUCUAGAUUUGAUGUACAGAAGUUAGUGCGUCUAGCUCAUUUUUAUGAGGAUGAUUUUUCUUGGAAUGAGCGUAUGUUGGUUGAACAAGAGCUUGAAACAUAUAUUGAUGACGUCAGAUCAGAUGAACGAUUUGAAGGCAUUUCAGAUUUGGGAGCUCUUGCAAAGAAAAUGAUUGAAACAAUGAAGAACCGUGUAUUUCCUUUGGUUUAUCGGAUGAUUGAGCUAGCCUUACUUCUUCCAGUUGCUACUGCAACCGUUGAAAGAGUGAUUGGAGAUGAAUGGAUGAAUGAUAGUUUGGUAGUCUAUAUCGAGAAAGAUGUUUUUAAUACUGUCGAUAAUGAGCCAAUUUUACAACGUUUUCAGAACAUGGAAUCUUGA